AUGAGGGAGGUAGAGGAAAUGGGAGAGGUAGGGAAAAUGGUUGAAAUAAAAGAAGGGAGGGAUGUAGAGGAAAUGAGGGAGGUAGAGGAGGUGGAAGAGGGAAACGAAGUGGCGGAGGUGGUUGAGGUAAAGGAGGUGGGGGAAGUGGCGGAGGUGGGGGAAGUGGCGGAGGUGGGGGAAGUAAAGGAGGUGGGGGAAGUAAAGGAGGUGGGGGAAGUAAAGGAGGUGGGGGAAGUAAAGGAGGUGGGGGAAGUAAAGGAGGUGGGGAAACUAAAGGAGGUGGGGGAAGUAAAGGAGGUGGCGGAAGUGGGGGAAGUGGAUCAGGCAGUUGGCCAAGGCGGUCACUAUGCGGUCGAAGAGGCGGUAGAGUCGGCAAAAGCAGAGGAGGUGGAGGAAGUGGAUCGGACAGUCGGUGAAGGCGGUCCUUAUGCAGCGGAAGAGGUGGUAGAGUCCGCAAAAGCGGAGGAGGUGGAGGAAAUCACGGAAGGGGUUGGCGAGGGGUCGGGCGCUGCAGGGAAGGUGGGGCGGCAGCAACGUGAAACCAGUACGCUUUUGAGACGUCUCAAAAACUUAUCCGUUUCAGCAAAGGCGGAGGAGGCGGAGGAAGUUGAGGAAGGGGUUGGCGAGUGGUCAGGCGCUGCAGGGAAGGUGGGGCGGCAGCAAUUGUCGGUUGCGAGGGAGGGAGGGGAGGAACGGGGGCGGGGGCGGGGACGGGGGCGGGGGCGGGGGCGGGGCCGGAGUCUGAUCCUGCAGGGGAAGACAGCUCGGGCGGGGAAGGUAGGGGGGGCGGAGGAACUGGGGGGGAUGGGGAGGGAGAAGGAGGAGCGGGAGGGCGGAAAGUCUGCGGAGGGGGAGCGGGGAAAGACGAAGAGGAUGGAGGCGGAAAAGAAAAGGGUGGCGGAGGAAAUAAAAAACACAGGAGAGGCGGGAAAACCGGAGUGCGAGGUUGUGGAUCUAACUGAGGAGGAGGAGGAGGGCGAGGAGGGGCAGGGGAGCAAGGAGAGGGUGGGGGGCGAGGAGACGGAGGGGAGGAAGGAGAAUGGAGCAUGCGGGGAUGAAGAAAUUGUGGUGGAAGUGGGGUUGUAUCAAGAGGUGGAAGAGAAAUGGGGUAUGGAGGUGAAAGGGGGGAAAACCAGUGCCGUGGGUAUGGUGGAGGUGGAAGAGGUGAAAGGAGAAGGAAUGAGAGAGGCGAGCAAGCAAGAGGAAAAGGAGCUGAAGGAGGGGGAUGGGCAGAGGAAGGAGGAGCAGCGGAAAAUGGGAGCACAGGGGAAACAGCGUGAGAAGGGAGGGCAGAGCAAGCAGUGUGAGCUGGUAGGGCAGGUUAGGGUAACCAGGUUACUGCGUAACAGCACGAUGCUGAAGAGAGUGGAAGCAGAGCAGGGCGGUGGGCGGCACAGUGGGCGGCAGAAGUGGAUGGAAGGGGUGGGGGAAGGAGAGGGAGGAGCGAAAGGGGAAGGCAUGGGGGGGGGAGAGAAGGGAGAGAAGGGAGAGAAGGGAGAGAAGGGGGAAGGGGAGGUUGGGGAAGAAGUGGACUGGUACCAUCUGGGGAAGGUGGUAGCAGAGGCGAUGAGAAAGGAUAAAAGCUCUGGUUUGGUUGGGAACUUGGGCGACGCUCGCCAGGAAAAGGCACAGAAAGCUGUUGCGCAGGAGGCAGAGGAGUCUGGAGCGGUUAGAAGUGGUGAGGAGGGUUUUGCGAAGCAGGAUGAGGUAGCUGGAUGGAACGAGGUGUGGUCAGAGGAGAAGGGCGGGGCAGGCAGAGUAUUGGGGAAAGGUGCGACUUUCGAGAAUUCUCAAAAAUCGCACCUAAAUAGAGUGUUGGGGAAAGGGGCAAGUGGGGGUGCAGUGCAGAAGGGUGGGGGUGUUGGGGGGAGGACUAGGGGAGGUGGGGCGAAAGAGGAGGGAAACAGUGAGGAGGGUGGGGGUAAGGUAUGGGGGAAUGGGGCAAGUGGGGGAAAGAGGGGAGCGGGGAGCAGUGGAUGUAAGGUGGGGGGUGAAGGGGGAGGAGAGGUGGGAGCGGAAGGAGGAGGAACCGAAGCAGGGGGAGAAAGUGGAGUGGGAGGAGGGGAGCUCGAGGAAUUGGGAAGAGAGGAGAAUGAGGGAUUGGGGGAAAGCGAAAGCAUGGAAGGAGGGGAGGAGAGUGAAAGCAUGGAAGAGAAGGUGGGAGGGAAGGUUGGGGGGAAGGUGGGAGGGAAGGGUGGGGGGAAGGUGGGAGCGAAAGGUGGGGGGAAGGCGGGAGUGAAAGGUGGGGGGAAGGUGGGAGGGAGGAAGAGGCGGAAUGCUUACAUCGCAGAUUUGGUGGAGGCGGAGAGGAGAGAGGGGAUGCACAUGGGAGGGGACGAGUAUGAGGACUUAGACGAUUUUAUUGUGUUUGAGAAGGACAAGUACGAGCGGGGCGAUUUUGUGUCUGCUGUUGCUGUGGUGUGGAGGCAGGCAGGGGGAGACUGCUUUCCAUGA